AUGGCCGUCGAGUACAAACGCAUCCUCUUCGACAUCCAGCGCAGGGAAGGGAACAAGAACUGCAUGGAUUGCAACGCGCCCAACCCACAAUGGGCUAGUUGCAAUCUGGGUAUCUUCAUCUGCUUGGAGUGCUCAGGGGUUCAUCGCUCCCUUGGUGUUCACAUCAGUUUUGUGCGUUCCAUAUCCAUGGACAAGUGGUCGGAUGAUCAGCUCAAGAAGAUGGAACUCGGAGGCAACAUCAAGGCCAAGGACUUUUUUGAGGCGAGCCCCGACUUCUACCAGGGAAUGUCGAUCAAGGAAAAGUACAGCAGCGUCUUUUCAACCCAAUACAAGGAGAAGUUGGCUGCACUUUGCGAGGGACGUCCAUGGACCCCUUCGACAUCAGCGGCGCGUGCACCGAUCCGCCCCAACUCGGCCACCAGCAACCGAUCUGGCUCUCCUGCCUCCAACCAACAAGCAUUCGGCUCCAGAAGCAAUAACAGCGGUUUCAACAGCAACGGCUCAAACGGAUACAACAGCCCCAGCAACGGAUACAACUCUCCUUCACCAGGAGGCAGCAUUGGCGGUAACAACGGAGGAAUGGCCCCGUUGACGGACAAGCAGAGAAACGAAACCUAUUUCAACCGACUUGGAUCAGAAAACUCACAGCGUUCGGAAAACUUGCCUCCUAGUCAGGGUGGCAAGUAUGGUGGUUUCGGAAACACGCCUGCUCCUUCAGCCCACAAUGAGACCUUGGAUGUUAACGAUAUCUUGAACGACCCUGCUGCAGCGUUGUCGAAGGGUUGGUCAUUGCUGUCGACCACCUUGGUCGCUGGUGCCAACAUGAUCAACGAGAAUGUGAUCAAGCCUACCGCCGCCACUGUUACCGAUCCCGACUUUCAGAACAAGGUUGGCGGUUAUGUCUCUUCCAUUGGACAAAAGGUUCAGGAAGGCGGUCGUUCUUUGGGCACAAUGGUGAACUCGCAGAUCAACCCUCAGGCUGGUGCAGCUUCGCGUUCCAACAGUCGUUACGGCGGAUUUGGAUCUUCAGACUACCAGCAAGGAGGCGGCAAUGGCGGCGGCGGCGGCGGCGAUGAUUUCUUCAACUCGACUAUGAACCAUUACGAACAAAAGAACCAGCCCCCUGUUCGUAACAACAACAACUCUUCACCCGGACCUUAUAACAGCAACGGUAACAGCAGCAACAACAACGGUUUUGGAAACAGCAACAACAACAAUGGUAACAGUUAUCAGGCUGGAGGAAUGGGCAUCUCGAGAUCCAACUCGAACUCGCCUGCGCCUAGAGCUGGAUCUGCGGCCAGCAACCGGACUACUCCGGCGACCUCGGCAGCAGCGCGUGCAGCGGCCGCCAAGCCUACUGCUGCUGGUAACAAGAGCGGGAAGAAAGAUGGUUGGGGAGAUGAUGAUGACUGGGCAAACUUCUAA